CUCGACGUCGCCAGGAGAGUACUGAUUGUGGGCACUUUCUGGCUCAGUGUCACCCUCAUGGUCGAAGGCGUUGGGGGCGAUUGUCUCUACAGGUGCCGGAGACGGUUGCGAAAGUCGUGGCUCAUCGUGUUUCCUCUGCUGGUCUUCACCCUCCUGACGUCCAUUUCCCACCAUGUCCAUCUGUCGUCGAUUGUCCAGAACGUCUUCCUCGGUCCAGCCCUUUACAUCUGCAUCGGUAUGUAUGCCUUCUCUCCGUGUCUCCUUCUGAAGGGUUCGUGUCUCGUGUGUCGGUGUCACUGUGCUUGCAGGUGCGGUGACCCCCUACCUGUUCUAUCGUCAGGCGACCGAUGACAUGAACAUGAGUUCCGUCAGAGAGAAGAGGAUAUACGCCCUGCAGGCCGCCUUGACGUGGUUCAUGCCGAUCAUCACCCAUACCAUAUGGCUCGUGCUGUUCCUGCCACUAGCAACGAAGGCGCAGUCGGACGCUCGCCGCACCAAGAUUGCAUUCAUUGCGCUCAUUGUCGGCAGGCCUUUCAUAGGUCAGCACGAAAUCAAAUGAAAGAACAAGUCGUCCGUCCACACGCAAGGACAGUUCGUGUCUCUGCCUGUCCUGCAGGCAUAGCAAUCGCCACAGCCCGGUUUAUCAAUCACGGGCCCCCAACUCGGACAGCUCCACUGAUCUUCCCCUCGGCGGUCCUCUACCUCAGCGUGCCCCGGUUGAUCCAGGCCCGUAUGGAGUCGGUAGAGGCAAAGGUGGUCAACUCUUUGCUGUUCGCCACAUUCGACUUCCUCACCGACCUGUUUCUGCCUUACGGUACGGUUGGGUGCCGUAUUCCUUUUCGACGCUCACGCACGAGACAUACGAACGAACGGACGAUUGUUGCUGUUCUCUGCUUGCGCCCAGGUGACAUCAUCAAGACCACUUUGUGGCGCCACAUAAAGGACAAGUGCAUCAGCGCAGCCAACACCAGCGUCAUGACUUUGAAGCGCAAGGAUUCGGGCCAGGUGUCCCCCUCCCGCGCCGGCAGCACCAGCAACAUCGACAAGACCCGAAGCCCCUCAAUCCUCUCCCGCAGUGUCACCAGCUGCGCCAAGGAGUCGGCUGCCGCCCGGGGUGGGAGACAGAAGUCGACCCUUCAACGUGCGCUCAGCAGCAUGUCGACCAUGACCACAUACACUCGACGAGUGUUCGACCUACGACUGGCGUAUGUGUGCAGAGACACCACCCCCAGAUACCUCAGAGCUCUCUCCGACGGGCUGCACGGUUUCAACCUCAGCGAGCUGAGCAUUUUGGUGUUCUUCAAUGUGUUGAUGCUCACGCUGGAGCAGAUCCUGCAGCCGGGCUACGCGUCUCUGUGUGAGCGGCUGGCGACUCUUGCGGUACUCAUUGUGAUCGAGGCCAUUCUUGAGUGGCUCCUCUUCAUCGUAAGCAAAGAAGGGCCGGCACCAAAACGCAAAGAGCCAAUGUCCUUGUGUGUGUGUGUGUUGUAGUAUGCCGUGAGAGUGGCCAACCUGCCGCUGCUGAGGAUGGAGAGCGAGCCGGGAGUGCGUGUGCUCCGUGUGGUGACGCUGCUGUGCAGUGGGAUCUUAAUCUUCAACAGCAUAGCGCCGUUUGUCUUUUUCUUUAGCGUCCGUGCGCUGGACGAGCGAUACCAGUCUGUGGACGAGAAGCAGAUGUGUGGCCACUACGCCUUUGUGUUUCGGACAUGAGCGUGUGACGGGACUCGCGGGAGAGAGACAGACACAUCACAUGAGAGGUGAAGCGAAGCGUCAUUAUGGUAUGGUAUGGUCAGUCAGUCAGUCAGUCAGCUGUUUGUGCGUCCACAGAAUCAAUGCCACCGAGAGAGAGCGUCUGUCACGAUGCAUUUUUGUAGUUUGGUGUCUGUCUGUGGUCGGAUGGUGUCUUUUUCCAGCCGGCCAUGUGGCUGCCAUUCCUGCGGUCAUGCAUGGCGCCGUUUUCGCAUGUGCGCAUGGGUUCCUGCUAAGCCAGUUGACGGUGGGGGGGAUGAAUAUCCGUGCUUAAUCUCUUAGCUUCAAGGCUAUAUGACGUCAGCUGAAUGAUGGGUAGAGGUUGACAGGCUGGCUCGACGGCGGUGUCAGGUGUAUUUUUCCUCUCUGUUGUGGAUGAGGUGAGGUGAGGUGUGACCAUGACUCGCACACAAGGCAGAGAAGUCAGCUCGAGGAUCAAGGAGACAGGCGUCUGACACUGACAGCUGCCUGAUGCGUGUGAUCAAGUGACG